CGAGAUAUCGAUGGCAACAUUGUUUACAUUCCUAUCAUGGGGGUGUGUGUGUAAAUUUGAACCCAGCAUCUUCAAAACUGUCUCUUGAAGAACAUGCUGCAGCAUCUUAGAGCAAGAUAUUAUUUUUCCUUUCAUUUGUAAAAGAACAUAACAUUUCUGGAAAAUGGCCAACUAUAAAGCCAGGUUACAAAUUUUCAACGAGCUUUUAGAAAAAGAAACCAUCCCUUUGACGGACUUGCAGACUGCCUGUUUCAAUGGCAUACCGGAUGGUCCCGGCUUUCGAUCUCUCUGCUGGAAAAUCCUGCUGAACUACUUGCCAGUCCAGAAGUCUGAAUGGCCGCUGCUCCUGCAGAAACAGAGGAAUCUGUACGAGCACUUCAUCGACGAAAUGAUCGUCACUCCCGGGACCAAGAACAGGGCGGGAUCCAGGAUCGACGUCACUUUGGACGAUCACCCCCUCAACCCCAAUCCAGACGGCAAGUGGAUGACCUACUUCAAGGACAACGAAGUCCUGCUGCAGAUCAACAAGGACGUCAGGCGCCUGUGCCCGGACAUCUCGUUCUUCCAGCAGCCCACUGAGCACCCCUGCACUGCCAUCGUGGGGAGGAGGGGGGAAGUAGAGUCCCUGAGGGACAGGGUGGAACAGACUGCGCUCAGGUCUGCGAACGUCACCAGGAACAGGAUCGGAAUCACCAACAUCUCCCUGUUCAAGAAGCGUGCCCAGGAAGAAUAUGGCCACCUGUCGCCAGGCCAAGAGGCUCACUGGGAAGUGGUGGAGAGGGUGCUCUUCCUAUACGCCAAGCUCAACCCUGGACAAGGAUACGUGCAGGGCAUGAAUGAAAUCAUCGGUCCCAUCUACUACACUUUCGCCUCUGAUCCAGAUCCAGAAUGGAAAAGGCAUGCCGAGGCGGACACCUUCUUCUGCUUCACCAACCUGAUGUCCGAGAUCCGAGACUUCUUCAUCAAGUCGCUGGAUGAUUCGGCCAGUGGCAUCGGCUCCAAGAUGGGAGGUCUGAUGUCCCUGCUCCAGGAGCACGACUUCUCACUGUGGCAACGACUGCAGGGACAGGACAUUAAGCCACAGUACUUCUGCUUCCGCUGGAUAACGCUUCUGCUCUCACAGGAGUUCCCCCUUCCAGAUGUGAUCCGUGUGUGGGAUUCGUUGUUUUCGGACAGGAACAGGUUCGAGUUUCUCAUCCACGUCUGCUGUGCCAUGAUGCUGUGGCUGAGGGACAAGCUACUGCACGGAGACUUCUCUUCCAAUAUGAAACUGUUACAGAACUUUCCGAACGUGGACAUCCACUGCCUGUUGGAGAAAGCCGUGGAGAUCUCUCGGUGACAGAAGAGUUGAGAAGUACUUAAACUGUCGUCAUUCCGGCCAAUCGUUGAUGGAUCUUGGUGGUUGUGCGAGCAGCUUAGAUAGAAUAUAUAUUUCAUGUUGGCCACUCUAUUGGUGGCGAUGGACAGAGUUGUAUUUUUGUAUCAUCGGAGCAUCGUUCACAUGCUCCCCUCAUCUUUCUCUUACUGGAACGAUGGCGGUCAGACAGCCCGUUGCCAUAGCUGCCAACUCUCCUGAAUUUCAAAGCAUCCUCCCAAAGUCCCCAAUGGAGUAAAUGUCUCUCGAAUUUUCACCAAAACAACGAAAUUCCCCCAAAAAAAGAUUUUUUAUCUGUGGUAAUCGCAGAGCCAAAAUGAAAUUGCUUCGAAAAUCACUGUCACAAAAAUUAAAAUUUUUUGUGCAUGAUUAGGAAUGUUGAAAAUGUUCAGUCGUUAUUUAAAAUUUUUAUUUAAUUUUUUUUUAUCACUUCUCAAAAGAAUGCAGUUAAACGUUGUUGAUUUUUCUCUGAACUGCGUGAGGAAGGUUCGUUUUCUCUUACAUGUGAUAAUGAACAAAUUUAUGCCAAAUUAAAAAAAUUUUUAAACUUUACAGUUGUCAUUUUUACCUUCAAAGUAGUAAUAAUAGAAAUUCCAAUUUCAGGUCCUACCGUAUUUUGGCCCAACUACGGACUUAAUUUGAGAAAUCUCUAAAUUAUAUUUUGAAAAUACCUUCUAUAUUCAAACUUUUGCCGUUAAAUAUAUUCUCGCGAAAUCCCCCUAAUUGUUGUUUCUCUAUGUUGGCAGCUAUGGCAUAAUCGAGAUUGUUCCAUCUUCGUGUCAUAUCAGUUCCACGGGGCUCCCGACUGGUCCCUUUUAUAGUCUCUGAGUCCCAAACAGCCCAUUUCCCCGACAUCUGGGGAAACGGGCCCCCAGAUGUCGGGGCCCGUUUUAGCUUUAUCCCCGUUAAGUUUUACCUUAUAAAACCCCCUUUAUCCUUUAAAGUUUCAGUUUCAUUUUUUAUUUUCCCUGUAACCUUUCUUAUCCAUUCGCAUUUUAUUUCUAAAACAAUAUGAAUGAGUUGUUCACACCAGGGUU